UAUUGAAUAAUAAAGGAGAUCGCAUUGUUAAGUCAAAAAAUUACAUUAACCGGACUCGGUUUUUGAAUUUAAUACAUCUUAGUAUUAAAGAUAGUUUUUACAUCAUUACAGUGAGUGUAAAAAACACCGAAAAGUGAAAUGGCAUCCGUGCAAGAUAGACUGAAACUCAAACGCGUUCCUUACGAUACGUGGAGUACAAGAGAGCAGCUCUGCCUAGCUGCAAGUGUAUUGAAUUCUGGGGAGAGUGUGCCGAAUUGGAAGACAGUUUCUGAGUCAUUAAAGCCAUUUGCUGAAAAAGAAGCGUUACGGCCACCAGACUGGUUUUCUCAGAAGUCUUGCGCGAUACAAUAUUCUCAUCUACUGGAAACAGCAGAUGCGCCAAAGAGAAAAAAAAGAGAGAGCGGUGAUACACAAGCAGAAACAAUCGUUCACAGAUUGACUCAAGAGAGAAUAGCGGAGCUCAAACAGAUUCUUGCUUUUCAACGGGACGAAUAUCAGCAACUCAAAGCCGAAGUGAAUCUCCUGAGAUGUGGCCCAUUAUCCGACGAGAAACUUCAAAAGAUGUGGCAGGCUAUAGAACAGGAAGAACGAGAGCAAGAACAAAAGGCCAGAGCUCAUGCGGCCUGGCUCGCCAGACGCCAGCAAAAACAGGACUCUAUUAUUUCUCAGUCUAUUUCCAUGCACCGGAAGUCAGGUGAGGGCUCAACUGAGACUUACGACGUUAUUGAUCCAUCAAAUAAUGAAGAAGAUGAAAAGAAACGAGGUGGCAGGUCGCCCCUACUUACUAGCUUGCUCAAAUCUCCGAGUCCAACGACUCAAAUACAGAGUUCAUCCACUCCUUCGCAGACUGGUUCCCCCACUAUAGCUAGUCUUUUAGUUUCGAGUCCUAAGGUUCCGACUUCUCAGGUAGAUCGCAGUCUGACACAAAACGUCUCUUCUCAACUUCAGCAACUUGUUUCAACCGCAAUAGCUAGCGUAGCCAAUGAAAGACCAUCAGCUGGUGCCCCUACGCUGUCCAUGCUACUAGAACUGCCAGCUAAUCCACAGCGGGGGCCUUUGCUGAACCUGCAAACACCACCUCUUGUUGUUUCACAGCCUAGUAUACCUCCAGAAAUCCACACACCUCUAUCUACUAACGUGCCAACGCAAACUUCCUCUCAACAUGUGCAAAUCGUUCAAGCCCCAUCUGUUACUGCAGCUCAGAAUAUACCUGUAACAGAGAGUAUGGUACAGAUAAUUGAUCACAUUGAUGAAGUCAUCAGGAAAGACAUAAUGGCAGAUGUUAUUGAUAAGGAUGAGAUCAAUGAGAUUAUAGGGGAUAUCGAGGAGCUGAUAAAGGAAGAAAUUACGGCUAGCCCCAGAACAAAGGAGCCUCCUGUCUCUACUGCUGUUGCAGAAACUGUAGCUCUACAUCAACCGAUGCAAGAAAGUAUAUCAGAGCGCCCAGAGCCACGUAAUGUUGAUGAACCAGCAUCAAUGUCGGAUUCACCUGAAAGUGAGAUGGCAAUAGAAGAUAUCGAUUCCAGUACAUCCAAUAUUGCAGAGAUUAUUGGUACUGUUGCCAUAGAAUCUACAGAAACAAAGAUAAUUGUACCUCCCUGUGAGCCGUCAAAGGUUGAUGAAAAGUUGGAAAUUGGUGAAAAAGAAGAAGAUGACGAAAGCACGACUGAUGAAUCAUUGCCUGAAGAAGCUCAAGAUUUUCCUGAAAAUAAGGAAGAACUUGUACAAGAAGCCGAAUCUAGCUUUAAAGCAGAAUGCAAAGAACCUGAAAGCAAUGAAAGUACAGCACAGGAUACAAACGAUCCAGAAAAUCAGGCUAGACAGGAUAUUAGCCUACGUGAAAUAAACGAAGAUAUAGUGAAUGAGGAAACUGAACUAAUUGAACAGGAGAAAGAUACGAUUCUAGACAGUGCAGACGAUGACAAAGAAGCUUCUGAAAAAUCCGAAGCAAAAGAAGAGGUGGAAAUAGAUCAGCUGGAAAUACACUUAGCAGAAAUAACUGGAGAUCCAACUGACAAGUCUGUGGAAGUAGCAGCCACUAGUGAAUCAUCAGAGGCAACAAACGACAUUGCGAGUAUAGAAGAUGUGGAAAAAUCACAAGAUAUUAGCUUAAUUCUAGAAGAGGACGAGAGCUCCCAAGGUUCACAAAACAAGGAAAAAGCUCCGUCUGAGGAAAUAAUAGCAGAUGUAUUGGAUACCUCAGAAUCAUGUCCAGAGGAAUCUACGGCUUCAACUGAGGAAGAAGAAGACCUGGUGGUCAAGGUAGAAACCAUUGCAAUUGCUGUUGGUGAACCUGGUGUGAACUCAAAGGAUGAUGUAUUAGAAAAAAUAGAUGGAGAGCGUAAGGAAAAGGCUUUCAAAAAUUCCAUCAAUGUCAUCGUACAUCAGGUCGAUGUCAAAGAUGAUGAGGAUUUGAGCGGAGGUUCUGGAUCUGAUUCGAAUCAUUCCACCGUACCGGAUGUGGCAGGGGUUGUCAGAGAAGGCAAAAAUCCGAAUGAGCGGCAACCUAUGAAAACAGAGGAUUCAUUGACGAAAGAACCCAAAGAAGUCGAAACAGUGGUGAAAAUUGAUGUAGAAAAAAAGGAAGAAAAGAUAGAAGUAAAACCGGAAGUCAAAGAAGAAUGUAAUGUUGUGAAAGAGGAAAUAAAGACUGAAGAUAACGACAUAAAUGAAGAGAAAUUAGAGUCCAAAGAAACCCUAGAUUCUGAAUUGGCUGUCAAAAAAGAGACAGCUGCUGGUGGAAUAGGGGACGAUGUAGAACUUGACGAGGAAGAAUCCACUCUCAGUAAAUUGAACGGUGGCCGAACCAUGAAAACAUAUUCUAAAAGACAGGUUGUAACGAUAGAUAGUGAACCAGAAAAUGAAGCCGGUGGAGAAGGUGCUGAUUACCGUGCUUGGAAAAAAGCUGUUAUGCUGGUCUAUAAUAGACUGGUUACACACAAGUAUGCCUCUGUAUUUUUAAGACCUAUCACGGAAGAUCAAGCACCAGGGUAUCAUUCCGUAAUUUUUCGUCCUAUGGAUUUGUCAACUAUUAAAAAGAAUAUUGAUAAUGGAACCAUCAGAUCAACUAUGCAUUUCCAGAGAGACGUUAUGCUUAUGUUCCAGAAUGCUAUUAUGUAUAAUAAGCAGGAUACUUUUGUCUAUAAAAUGGCUGUUUCCAUGCAAGAAGAAUGCUUGCAGCAUAUGCAAAUACUUGUACAGGUGACUGGUGAGGGACCAUUCAGAAGAGAAACAAGGACGGCUGCUAGUAUCAGCAGUGAUUUUGGCGAAUCAUCAACAAAGCCACAACGAAAACGUAGUCACAUCACUCCUAGUCCACAUGAUUCUGAUAGCCCACGUACAACUAAAAAGCGAAGAAAAUCUGAGAAUGAUUAAUUUUUACAAGCGGAUGUUUACAGUGUUAAAUUUUAUAAAAAAUCUGCAUUCUUA